UUUACACACAUUCAUUCAUUUAGUUAUUUAUUUAAUCUAUCUAUCUUCCUAUGGGCUUGAGAGUUUAAUGGUCCUGUAUCCGUCUGAAUAGAGAGUGCUUAGCAUCUGAACAAAGGAGGACUCGCGGUAAGUGACGGAAUGAAUCGACGCCAAUGGAUUCUCAGCAGCAUCUCAGGGUUGUGCGGAAAGCGUGAUGAAGUGCAGGCGGCCGCAGAGGAGCGUGAGGGUGAUGGGUGUCAUUCACUGGGCUGUGAUGCUGGGAUUGAUUCAGUCCGGCGCGCUCGGCGCGAGGAGAUUCCGCGGAGGUCGAAACCCGCAGCAGCGACGACCGCUUCCCACCGCUCACUACCGGGACCGUGCCGAAACCACCGAGAGCUUCUCACUGGAUUUCACAGCUGUUGAAGAAAACAUGGACAAUUUCAUGACUCAGGUGAAGAACUUGGCGCAGUCCCUCUACCCGUGCUCGGCCCAGAAGCUCGACUACGACAUGAAGUUACAUUUCCUGGAGAAUACAUCAGUCACCUGCAACGACGGGACCCCUGCGGGGUACUACCUGAAGGAGUCCAAAGGAAGCAGAAGGUGGUUAAUAUUUCUGGAGGGUGGCUGGUUCUGCUUCAACAAAGAGAACUGUGACAGCAGAUACGAGACCACGAGGAGGCUCAUGAGCUCCUCCAAAUGGCCACAAACCAAGACAGGCACAGGAAUACUUGCGUUACUCUCCUUACCAUACUGUGAUGCCCGAUACUGGGGCGAUGUGGUACCAGAACGAUGCCGACAGGCUUAUGAAGGAAAAGAAUGGAACUGCUUCUUUGGAUAUAAAGUUUAUCCUACCAUUAAACGCCCUGUGUUUAUAGUGCAGUGGCUGUUUGAUGAAGCCCAGCUAACGGUAGACAACAUUCAUCUGACGGGACAACCGGUUCAAGAAGGACAGUGGCGUUAUAUUCAGAAUCUAGGGACUGAGCUGAGGAACACUCUGAAGGAUGUCCCUGCCAUGUUUGCUCCUGCUUGCCUUUCGCAUGAAUUCAUAACAAGAAAUUACUGGACUGACGUCAAAGUCAAAGGCACGUCUUUACCCAGAGCGCUCCACUGCUGGGACCGCAGUCUACAAGAAAACAGCCGAAAUAAUAAAUCCCCUCCCAAAGGCUGUCCCGUGCACUUGAUCGACAGCUGUCCGUGGCCUCACUGCAACCCGACGUGCCCAACGAUCCGAGACCAGUCGACGGGACAGGAGAUGAACGUAAUCCAGUUCCUCAUGCACAUGGGCUUUGAUGUACAGAAGAUGGCCCAUCAGCAGGGCAUGGACCCAAGUAAGCUACUGGGCAUGCUCAGCAGCGGCAGCUAAAUACCGUGGAAGGACUCGCUCCCGGUUGGGACCGUGAUUCCCAUCAGUCCGUUUGAUACCUCCAACCCCACACCCGCCUCAGCUUUGACCUCAGGCUAAGCCCUGCAUUUAGUCGGGGCUCUGUGCCAACUCUCUAUGGGCUUCCGUCUCCAGAUCUCCUCAUUAAUGAUCAGUUGGUUUCCAUUUUGCUCCAGUCUACACUAUUACCACUGAGCAGCUUGGAGAUGGUGGAGACGCCCAAAACGAAAAAAAGAUUUGGAACAGAGCCCUUGUCAGAUCCACCUCCGAUAAACCAUGGGCUGCUGACUGUUUAAUGGUUCCCAACACAACACGGUACCAAUGAAAGUACUGAAGAACCAUGUAACCAGGACAAUGUACACCAGCAUCUUUGCUCUUAGUUUAUCUUUUGGUUAUAAAAGUAUCACGAAUGUAAUCCAGUUUUACGGAUCUUCAGCAUUGUUGUUUGCUUAGGUUUUUAUCUCAUUUUCUUUUUUCUUUUUUUUACCAAUAUAGUAAGCCACAGUUUAUUAGAGUUUUAUGUGUCCAUUCAGAGGAAGUAAAUCCAGAGAGCAAGAGAACAGAGAUUAUCGAUUAUAGAGUUUAUAAUUGAGUUUAUGAAGUACAUAUAAAAUAUAUGGAUCUACUCAAGACUAUAAAGAAUCUUAAAAACAGGAAUUUUGGAACAGGCAGACACGGGAUCACCUGCUCUAAACCCAACAUCUUUCUUGGGGUAUGGCUAAGUUAUGAUAAAAUGUCGUCAUAAUAGUUAAGGAAUAGUCAGCCCUAUAAUAAAUUGUCACCAUUUACUUAAUUCCCAUGCCAUUGAAAACAUGAAUU